UGACUUGAAGCAAGUGUUAACCAUGUUGAAGGUAGUGCUUGUACUUGGAUGCCUCUUGAGCCUCACGCUGGCUCAACCUAUGGAGGCUGCACACAAGAGACUUGCUCGGUCAAGCUCUGGUUCGAGCUCUGGCUCUGGCUCUGACUCUGACUCCAAUGAGUCAACAACAACCACAGCAGCAACAACCACCACAGCAGCAACAACAACCACAGCAGCAACAACCACCACAGCAGCUGGAGCUACAACUACAGCAGCAGGAGCUACAACUACAGCAGCUGGAGCUACAACACUGUCUCCACAGCAGCAGCUGAUCCAGCUCCUUCUUACCCUCCUACAGGGAUAAGAACAGCUGCUACUACUACUACUUUCAGAUUUAAAUGAUGUUGUCUUCUUGUGCUUUCACAAUCUUGAUUCUGGUUCAUUUAGACAUGUGGAUCAGAAUCACUGAAUUCUCUGUCAUAUCUGCAAAAUAAACUUCACAAAAGCAAAA